AUGAUCCGCACCCUGAUCCUGCUCCAAUUUGUGGCUCUGCCUUGCCUGGUUUUCGGAGAACAUCGAAUAAUAGGUGGUAACACAAAAAAUAUUAGGGUUGUCCCAUGGUUUGGUUCGCUUAUAGCCAAAUCUAAGCUAAAAUGCAGCGGAGUAUUGGUCAAGAAUAAUUACUUUCUGACGGCUGCCAAGUGUGUGGCUGGCUAUAAAUUGAGUGAUCUAAAAGUAAGGUUAGGCACCAGCAGCUGCCAGUCAGGCGGCUUUAAGGUGGGAGUCUGCAAGGUGAAAAUACAUCCCCAGUACUCCGCUUGGCGCUUCGACAACAAUCUGGCCCUGUUGAGAACCUGCGAGUCACUUGCCACCACCCGUCAAAUAAAGGCCAUCGAAAGGGCCGACAAGGUUCCGCAGGACCAUUCUCGAGCUAAUCUCACGGGAUGUGGCGCCAGGCGGGGAAAUUGGUAUGACAUUGCUAAAGGCAGGACGUUUGACGAGAUUCUCGAUGCGUUAAACGACAUGUUUCUCGAUCUGCCUACGCAAUUGCACAGCACUGAGUUGCGUAUCCGUAACCAAAAUCAGUGCGCAUCAGACUGGAGAUCAUUUGGAUCUUAUCGGCUUAAAGGAAUCUCUCACUUGACCAUCUGUACCAAGACAUCACGCAAGGGAGCCUGCGUCUAUGAUAUGGGGGCACCUUUGGUGGUCGACAAUAAACUCGUGGGCAUCCUGUCCACGUCUGGCUGUUCCUUCAAACCCGAUGUGUACUCGAAUCUCAUCAAGCACAAGACCUGGUUCGAUGAUAAUACCAAGGAGUAACUAGGAUCUACAUAAGUUAGAACAAUUUCUAAGCUUAAGGCUUAAUAAUCUAUUCCAUAUAUCAAAUUGUAAUUAUUUAAGGGGUCGGAAUAUUUGUUUACAAACACAACUAAACUGUUUGACAUUUAGAAAAUACAAUUUGGUAACUUUUGUAUUAAAAAUAUUCAGUAAUUAUGAAAAAUAAACAACCAUUUUUCUGAU